AGGGUGUAUGUAAGUGUGUGUGUGUUUGUGUGCAAGAGCUCGCGGAGCACAUUGCUGUUGCAGGAGCUUCGGCGAGACGGUCGCACUACCGAUGCGCUCUUAGAUACGGAACUUCUUAUGGAUACGCCAAAGUAGCGCGUGGACGCCUGUCACUCACCGAGCGGAUUUAUCACUCCCGAGGAAAAGAUACCUUCCGAUGUGCUCCACCCCCAGCGGGCGUCGCGUGUGAUUGGCCGACUUCACAGCCUUGGGAAUCAAUUGAUCCAUUUUUAAUGAGCCGAACUGAGCAAGAGGGCAGCGAAUUUCUUCUGGCCGCCUUGAGGGGAUGGGUUUGGUGAUGGGAUGGCAGUGAGCAUGGCCCUUUGGGCAGGCAUAUGGGCCAUUCUCCUACAACUGGCCCUCUUGCUAUUCUUUACUGUGCCUCCAGGGCACUGCCAAGGCGAAAGGUUCCGCCUGCAGUUUACUCAACCACUGUACCAUGCGUCAGUCUAUGAGAACUCAGCCGCCCGCACCUAUGCCUCCAGCCAGGUGCGCAUGGGCAUCCCGCUCCAACAUCACUCCUGGGAGGUGAGGUACCGCAUCACCUCUGGGGACGAGGAAGGAUUCUUCAAGGCUGAGGAAUACACUCUGGGUGACUUCUGCUUCCUGCGGAUACGAACUAAAGGGGGGAAUGCUGCCAUCUUGAAUCGUGAGGUUCAGGACAACUACGUGUUAACAGUGAAAGCUUCCCUAAAGGGUGAUACACUCGAGGCCUGGACUAAAGUUAGUGUGCAGGUAUUGGAUAUGAAUGACCUUCGUCCUCUUUUCUCCCCGACUACGUAUUCGGUUACCAUUGCAGAAAGCACACCCCUGCGUACCAGCAUAGCUCAGGUCACUGCCACGGAUGCUGAUAUAGGAUCAAAUGGAGAGUUCUAUUACUUUUUCAAGGAGCGAAUGGAGCUGUUCGCUGUGCACCCAACUAGUGGAGUUGUUUCUCUAAGUGGAAAGCUGGACGUGGACAUUCAAAGCCGAUACGAUCUUGAGAUCCAGGCUGUGGAUCGGGGGAUGAAACUAUAUGGGAAUAAUGGUGUAAGCAGUACAGCAAAACUUUUUGUUCAUGUAGAACGGAUUAACGAGCAUGUACCCACUUUAAGUAUUGUUACAUUGGCUCCGGUAUGGACUGAAAAGUCCCCCAUCAUAGCUGUGGUCACCGUAGAAGAUCUGGAUGAAGGGAAGAAUGGAGAGAUUGAGACAGUGAGCAUUGUGGCUGGGGAUCUUCUUGAGCUAUUCAGCAUUGAAAGGACAGAUGUGCCAAGUCAAGAAAUGGUGGAUGAGGAAGACAGUAUGAAAGGAUCUAACGAGUUUGUACUUCGUGCAAUGGAGCAGUUUGACUGGGACAGCUAUCCAUUUGGACUAAACCUCAGCUUGCAGGCUCGAGAUCGUGGAACACCUCAGAAGUUAUCUGCUGUGCAAAUAGUACACUUACGAUUAUCAAGACCACCCCCUGUAGAAGUCACUUUUCAGAAGGAUCAAUACGAGGUCCUCUUGAGUGAGGUUGCCCCUCCCGGAACUAUUGUGGAGGCUGUAAAACUCCAGCCAGAGCCUGAUGACGCUGAGUACAUCCUGACCCCAUCUGCUGAUUCAGGGUUUUUCAGUAUCAACACUAUGACAGGCGUGAUUAGCACAGCACGCUGGCUCACCCAACUCAAGCAGGAAGUAUUUGAGUUAGAGGUCUUAGAAGUCGACAGUGAUCUUAGGGUCAAGGUUAAAGUCAUUCUUGAAGAUGCUAAUGAUAAUGCACCAUCAUUUGCCCAACAAUCUUAUGAAGUAUUUGUCAAUGAAAGUGUAGCUGUAGGCACUACUGUUGUUGUGGUGACUGCUUCGGAUGAUGACCAUGGGGAAAAUGGGUACAUCACAUACAGUAUGGCUAGCUUGACACCAUUACCAUUCAGCGUGCAGCAGUUCACCGGAGCAGUAACCACAACACAGGAGCUAGACUUUGAAUCAUCUCUUGAGAGUUUUAGUUUUGUGGUUCGUGCUUCUGACUGGGGUUCUCCAUAUAGGCGUGAGAGUGAAGUCAACAUCACUGUGCAUCUUGAAAAUGUUAAUGAUAACAAACCCCUCUUUGAGAAAGUAGCUUGCGUUGGUGUUGUCUCCCGAGAACUCCCAGUAGGUGAGGUAAUUGCCACAAUAUCUGCCAUAGAUAUUGAUGAGCUUGAGCUAGUCAAAUAUAAGAUCCUCUCUGGGAAUGAGCGAGGGUACUUUGAGUUAAAUCCUGACUCUGGCGUCAUGACAUUACGUCACUCCCUCAUCACCGCAGCACCCAAAAACUCAUUCAGUCUAAAAAUUACUGCCACCGAUGGAGAACACUUUUCAGAUCCUAUGUUUGUAAACAUAUCUGUAGUGCAAGGGAAGUCACCACCCAAGAGCUUUAGUUGUACCGAAACCAGAGUAGCCCAACGACUGGCAGAGAAACUUCUGAAGAAAGCCAAAGCUAGCAGUAAGCCCAAAAUGGACGAAGGCUUUAUUGACCUGUUCUCUGUGAACCGUCAAACUCCUCAAUUUGACAAAUCCUUCCCAACAGACAUCACUGUGCGUGAGGAUGUAGAAGUUGGUACAAGUGUGUUUCAGGUAAAAGCCCUUGAUGGAGACACUGGGUUUAAUGGACAGCUUUUACAUGCCAUUGCUGACGGCAACACAGAUAGUUGUUUUAGUAUUGGAAUUCUGAAUGGUGUAAUUAGCAUCUUCCUCCCUCUUGACCGUGAAAAAACUGACCGCUAUCUUUUAAACAUUACGCUGUAUGAUUUAGGCCAACCGCAAAGAUCCACCUGGCGGCUUCUUACAGUUUACAUAGCAGAUGCAAAUGACAACGCACCACAGUUUCUUCAGGAUGGUGGCUAUCAUGCUCGCAUUUCUGAAAACACUCCGAUUGGUACUGAAGUCAUUCAAGUAGAGGCUACUGACAAAGAUCAAGGUCUUAAUGGAGAGAUCCAGUAUUCUCUGCUAACCAGCACCUCCCAAUUUGGCAUUAACAGCUCCAGUGGGAUUGUGUAUGUUGCAGGUCAGCUGGACCGUGAGUUGGUUCCAUUGUUCAUAUUAAAAGUGGAAGCACGAGACAGAGCAGAACGAGCAGCCCAACGAUUUUCAAUUACAACUCUUAAAAUCACACUUGAGGAUGUUAACGAUUGUCCACCUGCUUUCAUCCCAAGUGUUGCCAACGCCCGUGCACUUGAAGACCUCCCAGUGGGCACUGUAAUCGCCUGGCUGGACACUCAAGACCCUGAUCUGGGACUUGGAGGGCAGGUCCGGUACUUACUUGAUAAUGACUAUGAUGGUCGUUUCGAGGUUGACAAGACAAGUGGUGCAAUUCGUCUUACCAAGGAGCUGGAUUACGAAACUCAACAGUUUUUCAACCUAACAGUGCGGGCAAAGGAUAAAGGUCGACCUGUGUCCCUCCUAUCAGUUAGCUUUGUUGAACUGGAGGUGGUGGAUGUCAACGAGAACCUGUAUGCACCAUAUUUCUCAAGUUUCGCCAUGAAUGGAUCAGUAAAGGAAAGUGUUCGGAUUGGAACUUCUGUACUCCAGGUCUCUGCAAGGGACGAUGACACGGGGAGAGAUGGUGAAGUGCAGUAUUCGAUACGUGAUGGCAGUGGUCUUGGAAGAUUUACCAUUGACGAAGAAACAGGUGUGAUCUACACCACAGAUCUGUUGGACAGGGAAACACAGGACUCCUAUUGGCUGACGGUGUACGCCACUGAUCUGGGCGUAGUUCCACAGUCAGCAGCGCUACAAGUCUAUAUACAGGUUGAGGAUGUGAAUGAUAACUCUCCCCUAACGUCUGAACCGAUGUAUCACGCCACAAUCCUGGAAAACUCCCCGAAGGAUCAGUCGGUGAUCCAGAUCCAGGCGCAGGACCCUGACGCUACGACUGCAGAGCCCCGUCUGUCUUUCCGCAUCUCCAGUGGGAACCCGCAGAACUUCUUCAGCAUCAACCCGCGCACCGGUCUGAUUACUACAACCUCUCGAAAGCUGGACCGCGAACAGCAGGCUGAGCACGUUCUGGAGGUGACCGUAUCAGACGGUGGUUCUUCUCCCAGACACACUACAGUAUGGGUGGUGAUUCAGGUGUUGGAUGUAAACGAUAACAAGCCCACGUUUCCAGAGAAGAUGUACCAGGUGCGUUUGCCGGAGCGCAGCAGAAAACAGCGCGGAGCUCCAAUAUACCGUGUGUUUGCGUAUGACCAGGACCAAGGAGCAAACGCAGAGCUUUCCUACAGCAUCAUCGACGGCAAUGAGGACGGCAAGUUCAUCAUCGACGCCAAAACCGGAGUGGUUUCAUCACCCAAAAAACAGUUCAGCGCUGGAACCUACGAUAUUCUCACCGUGAAGGCGGUGGACAACGGGCGUCCUCAGCGCUGGGCGACAGCACGUCUGCACAUUGAGUGGAUCCGCCGUCCUCCGCCAAACCCCAUUCCACUAGCUUUCGAUGAGCCGCUCUACAACUUUACCAUCAUGGAAACCGACAGAGUGGCGGACAUCGUAGGAGUGGUGUCUGCCCAGCAACAAGGCUCCGCUUCACUGUGGUUCGACAUCACAGGUCCACGCUCUUUCCGUGAGAUGUUCUAUAUACUCCAGACUGCUUGCGGCAGGAACUGUUCUACAGAAGGCGGAGAUGUGGACAGUAUGUUUGACGUUGAGAAAGGUGUGGGCACCAUCGUCAUCGCUAAGCCUCUGGACGCCGAGCAGAGAUCCUUUUACAACCUGACGCUGGAGGUUACAGACGGCACUAAUGUGGCAAACACUCAGGUUCACAUCACUGUCCUAGACAACAACGACAACCCUCCGGUUUUCUCCCAGCCCACCUAUGACAUCACGAUCACAGAGGACACACCCCCGGACACUGAGGUGGUUCAGGUGUUAGCAUCGGACAGAGACGAGCGCCACCGCCUGACCUUCAGCCUCCAAAGCAGCGUCGACCCCAGCAGCAUGAGGCUUUUCCGCAUCGACCCUAACAGUGGAGUCAUUUAUACAGCCCGCAGACUCGACCACGAGAGCCGCACGCAGCACAUCCUCACCAUCAUGGUUAAGGAUCAAGAGUUCCCAUACAGACGAAGCCUGGCUCGUGUCUUAAUUGGUGUUGAGGAUGUCAAUGAUCAUGCUCCUCUUUUCACCAUGGUAAUGUAUGAUGGACAGGUGUAUGAAUCUGCGGCACUGGGAUCAGCUGUCCUCACGGUCACUGCACUUGAUAAGGAUAAGGGCCAGAAUGCACAGAUCAGUUACAGCAUUGACUCAGGGAACACAGGAAACACUUUUCGGAUUGAUCCUGUUUUGGGCAUUAUCUCAUUGGCACGGGAACUGGACUUGUCCAGCAUAGGUCAUUACGUCUUGUCUGUGAAAGCAACGGAUAAUGGUUCUCCAGCACUAUCUUCAACGGCUGUCGUCCGAAUCGCAGUGACCUUAUCCAAUAAUGCCGGUCCCAAAUUUCCCCAAAAUGAAUAUCAGGCGGAGAUAUCAGAAAGUGUUGCCAUAGGAACUUCAGUCGUUACAGUGAAUGCUUUAAGUCUUUCCACCCUUACCUAUGACAUUCGCCAUGGCAAUGGUCAUCGCACUUUCCGCAUCAAUCAGUAUAGUGGAGUGAUCACUACACAGAAAUCACUGGACUUUGAGACCGUUUCGUCCUACGUUCUAAUAGUCACUGCAAGCAACAUGGCUGGACAGGCAUCAAAUGCUACAAUAACAGUUGUAGUUCUGGACCAAAAUGACAAUGCACCUGUGUUCCAACAGCUACACUACCGUGGAAGUAUCAGUGAGGGUGCUGGGCUUAACAGUGUUGUGCAGAGUGAUGAUGGACAACCACUGGUCAUAAGAGCAAGUGAUGCUGAUCGCAACCACAAUGCCCUGUUAGUAUACCAGAUCAUGGAAGAAUCUGCCAGACGCUUCUUUGCAGUAGAUGCUGGGACUGGAUCAAUAAGGACAAUUGCUCAGCUUGACCAUGAAACCACACCUACUUUUCGUUUCCAUGUUAAUGUCAGAGACAGUGGACAUCCGCAGCUUUCAGCUGAGCGACCUGCUGAGGUAACCAUUGAGGUGCAAGAUGUUAACGACUGCUCGCCAAAGUUUUCCCAGGAUUCUUAUGAAGCUGUUCUUUUGCUGCCAACCUAUGAAGGUGUAGAAGCCCUACAAGUUUUUGCUACUGAUCCUGAUGGUAAUGGCCAAUCAGAGCUCACCUACUCUCUGACAGAUGGCAGCCUAGAACAUUUCAGCAUUGAACCAAGCACUGGACUGUUGACUGUGAGAAACAGUACAUUUAGCAAAGAACGAUUCCGCUUUAAUGUCCGUGUUUCAGAUGGACGCUUUUCAAGCACUGCUUUGGUGACUGUCUUGGUUCAUGAGGCCCUGGACAGUGGGCUGGCUUUUACUCACAGUGCCUAUAAUGCAAACAUUGAGGAGAACAAUGGCAACAUAACAACAGUUGCUGUAGUGACAGCAUUAGGCAACAAGUUGAAUGAGCCCCUGCGUUAUACUUUGCUCAAUGCAGGUGGGAAAUUUCGCAUUAAGCCAACAUCAGGUGCCAUUGAAACUGUAGGAGUCCCAUUGGACAGGGAGGAAAAGGAAGAAUAUGGACUGUUGGUACAAGCGGGCCGGGAGGAAGAUCGUCUUCGGGUUGCAAGGGCACUGGUUCGAGUUCAAGUCACUGAUGUCAAUGACAAUGCUCCUGUUUUUGUUGGACUGCCAUACUAUGCUGCCGUGCAAGUGGAAGCAGAGCCGGGGACAGCAAUAUUUCGGGUGACAGCAGUAGACCGGGACAAAGGACUAAAUGGAGAGGUCAAUUACUUUCUUCAGGAUGAACUUGGACAUUUCGAGGUAGACCGUGUGAGUGGUGAGCUUCGCUUGCGAAGAGCUUUCGAGGCUGAUCUCUCCAGUGUAGAAUACCAGGUCCUUGUGUUUGCCCGGGACAUGGGAACACCUCCUCUGUCCUCUUCAGUCACCUUCCCUGUUACAGUGGUAAACAGAGCAAUGCCUGUAUUUGACAGGCCAUUCUACUCAGUUAAAGUGAGUGAGGACAUACCAGUUUGGACUCCAAUUUUGGGAAUAAAUGCCAGCAGCCCUGAAGGCCAGAGUGUCCUUUACACAAUAACACAUGGUGACCCUGGAACCCUCUUCUCUAUUGGAUUUGACACAGGGGUCAUUAGUGUAAUAGCUGGCCUCGACUAUGAGACCAGCCCUGCCCACAGACUCAUUGUUAGAGCAACUGACUGCCUCACAGGUGCUCGCGCAGAAGUAGAUGUUGAGGUUACUGUAUUGGAUGUUAAUGACAACCCUCCAGUGUUUGAGCAGCCCUCUUACAAAGCUGUAAUUUCAGAAUCUGCCAUGAUUGGUACUGCAGCUUUACAGGUCCUUGCAACGGACAGUGACUCUGAGAAAAAUGCAGCUGUCCGGUAUCAAAUCAUUCCAGACCGCACCAACAGCACUGACCACUUCCACAUUGACAGCAGCAGUGGCUUGAUUCUUACCGCUCGCUCCCUAGACCAUGAGACUAUCCAACGUUAUGUCUUUCUUGUCAAAGCAACAGACAAUGGAUUCCCCCCACUGAGCAGUGAAGUUUGGGUCACAGUUGAUGUCACAGACACCAAUGACAAUGCUCCAGUGUUUAACCAACUACUCUAUGAAGCCUCGAUCAAUGAGUUGGCACCCAAAGGGCACUUUGUUACAUGCAUCCAGGCUUCUGAUGCAGACCGCUCAGAUGCAGAGCGCUUGCAGUAUGGCCUAGUGUCUGGAAAUGAAAGAAUGCUGUUUGAAUUAGAUGCCGCCUCAGGUGUCCUCACACUGAGUGGCCAGCGGCGCAUGCAGCGCAUGCCUUCCGCCAUUACCCUGAAUGUAAGUGUUUCUGAUGGAGUGUUUACCAGUACAGCGCAAGUGCAUGUUCGAGUAGAGCGAGCUAAUCUGCAUUCCCCCCAGUUCACCCAGGGCAUGUAUGAGGCUGAUGUACGUGAGAACGCACCACCGGGAUCAAAAGUCAUUGCGAUCAGAGCACAAGAUGCAGAUCCUGGACCAUUUGGAGAUGUGAGAUAUGUGCUGCUCUCAGAUGCUGCUCGGGACCUGUUUACCAUUGAUAGCAGUGGGCAAAUCACAACUCUUGAAAGACUGGACCGGGAAGAGCGAAGUGAGAUGGUGCUGUCUGUUGCGGCCGUGGAUGCAGGUGGUCGAUCUGGAUACUGCAGUGUCAGGGUUACUGUUAUAGAUGAGAAUGACAAUGUUCCACUCUUUGGUGCCUCGGAGUACCAUGCAAGUGUGCGGUCUGAGGUUGAACCAGGGACCCUUGUGAUUCAAGUGCAAGCUUGGGAUUUAGAUCAGGAUGCCAAUGGACAAGUCAGCUACAGUCUGUAUAGUGAGGCCAGUUUGCAGGUCACUGAACUUCUGGAUAUUGACCCAGACAGUGGAUGGGUUGUCACCAAAGGCAACUUUGCCCCUUUGCGUGGCUCUGUACUGUCUUUUUUAGUUAAAGCCUCUGAUGGGGGUGCACCUAUCAGACAUUCCCUUGUCUCAGUAUACAUACAUGUUUUGUCCGCAGAUGCUCACAUUCCCUCCUUCAGCCAACCACAAUUCUCCUUUACAGUCCCAGAGGACAUGCCAAUAGGUUCCUUGCUGGGAGCUGUGCAUCUACACACCUCGACUAGCCACUCUUCGUUACCAGUAAGCUUUGCAGCAGUGAUUGGACAAACUCCAGAGAGUAACAGUGAGGGAGUGUUUUUGGUUGACAAAGAAAGCGGAAUGAUCAAACUAGACAAAGCACUAGACCGAGAGCUGACACAGAUCUAUCAUUUCAAAGUGGUUGCAAUGUUGCAGCAGGGGCGAUUGGAUGCUGUUUCAGCUGUGGAUGUGGAGGUAAAAGUGCAAGAUGUCAAUGACAACAAACCUGCUUUUGAGUCGGAUACUUAUGAAACAUCAGUCACAGAGGGUCUUUCACCUGGGACUAGGAUUCUACAAGUGCGAGCCUUGGAUCCUGAUUGGGCCGCUAAUGGACAAGUAACAUACAGUCUUGCACCCCCUGGGUUGCUUGGUGGCUCUGGCGGAGAGGACAUUGAAGAGCAUGGAGCUUACUUUACGAUUGACAGCAGCUCUGGUUGGAUAUCAACACUAAAAGGGCUUGACCAUGAACAGAACCCUGCCCACAGUCUUACAGUCUGGGCAUUUGACCUUGGAGAUCCCGCUAGCCAGUCAUCCUCAACAACUAUAACUAUAGCAGUGAGUGACUCCAAUGACAACAUACCUCAAUUUCUCCAACCCCGUUAUUAUGGUAGCGUGCGAGAGAGUGAUGCACCCGGUGAAGUGGUGGCAGUGCUGAACACACGGGACAAUGACAGCUCUCCUGGGAACCGACAAGUCACUUAUCAUAUCACAGGUGGUAACAGAGGCGGUGUGUUCGCUCUGGGCUUGGUUCAGGGCGAGUGGAAGCUGUAUGUGAAACGUCCGCUGGAUCGUGAGGAGCAGGAGCGAUACCUCAUCAAUGUGACCGCCACUGAUGGACUCUACGUUUCCACGGCUUCUGUUGAUGUGACGGUCAUGGACACUAAUGAUAACAGUCCUGUCUGUGAGCCGGCCUUGUAUUCAGUGUCCGUGUCUGAAGACGUUCCUCUGAAUAAGCAAAUCCUCAGAGUCAAAGCCACAGAUGCUGACACAGGCUCAAACGCACAAAUCCAGUUCUCCUUGUUCGGUUCUGGAGCAGAAGACUUCUUCAUUCAUCCACACACAGGCGAGCUGAAGACAGCUGUGGCACUGGACCGUGAAAAGGUGUCUCGAUACUCUCUGGUUGCUCGUGCGACGGAUGGUGGGGGUUUGUGGUGUGAAGCUGAGGUUGUGGUGGAUCUCCUGGACGUGAAUGACAGUCCGCCGAUGUUCAGCAUGCCUCAUUACACCACCAGCGUCUACGAGAACACCGCCACUAAAGCUCUGCUCACCCGCAUACAAGCCAUAGAUCCUGAUCUGGGUGUUAACCGUAAAGUGGUUUAUUCCCUGGUGGAUUCGGCCGAUGGAUUCUUCUCCAUCGAUAAAUCCUCUGGGAUUGUGGUUCUGGAGCGUUUGUUGGACCGUGAGAUUCAGUCUUCAUAUCAUAUAGUGGUCCGAGCAUCAGAUCAAGGUGUUCCUGUCCGGCUCUCGUCCCUUGCAAACAUCACCAUCACAGUUCUGGACAUUAAUGACAACCCGCCGGUGUUUGAGCGGAGAGACUAUCUGGCCACACUUCCAGAAGACGUUGCGGUCGGUACAGAAGUAGUCCAGGUGUAUGCCGCCAGUAAAGAUAUCGGCACCAAUGCUGAUAUUUACUACAAUAUCAGAUCAGGAAACCAACAGGGUCAUUUCACAAUUAACGUCAACACAGGUGCCAUCUCUGUAUCUCGAGCGCUGGACUUCGAGUCCUGCAAGGAUUAUUUCCUGACGGUGGAGGCCACGGAUGGGGGGACUCCUCCGCUUAGCGCUGUUACCAUGGUGAACAUCAACCUGACAGACGUCAAUGACAACGCCCCCAUAUUCAGCCGUGACGCCUACAGCGUGUCCAUUAGCGAGGAUGCAAACAUAGGAGACACUGUGGUCAAGGUGAUGGCGGAGGAUGUGGACAGCUACGUCAAUGGUGACAUCCUGUAUUCCAUCAUCAGCGGAGACCGAGAAAACCAGUUCUUCAUUGAGCCAAUCACAGGACAGAUCAAAGUCAACAAGCAGCUGGAUCGAGAAACGAUGGCUGGUUACUCAUUGUCUGUGAGAGCUCUGGACAGCGGGACUCCUGCCAUGUCCUCAACCGUUCUGGUCAACAUCGACAUCUCAGAUGUCAACGACAACCCACCCACAUUCACGCCGGCCAAUCACACUGCAGUUAUACAGGAGAACAAGCCUCUGGGAACGAGUGUUCUGCAGCUGUCCGUCAUUGAUAAGGAUGCCAGUCACAACGGCCCGCCUUUUCACUUCCACAUCCUAUCAGGAAACGAGGGGGCGUGGUUUAAACUUGACAGGGAGGGGCUGCUGACAUCCAAUCAGGUGUUUCGGAGGUCUGAAGGCACAGAAUACGUCAUUCAUGUACAGGCCAGUGAUAGUGGUCGUCCGCCGCUGUCUUCUGUGGCCUCAGUUUUAGUGCGUGUCAUUGAGGAAAGUGUUCAUAAACCAGCGGCGUCUCCUCUACACGUGCACAUCGUGACCAUGGAGGACGAGUUUCCGGGAGGAGUGAUCGGGCAGAUCCACGCCACAGACCAGGACGCCUUCGAUAUCCUCACCUAUGGACACACACACCAGCAGAGCAGCCUCUUCAAGGUGAGUCCUCGUGACGGUCGUAUCAUUGCUCUGAGUGGUCUGGACGCGGGCCGUUACACCCUAAAUGCCACAGUCACCGAUGGCCGUUUCACUGUGAGCGUUCCCGUGAGUGUGCACGUGGAGCAAGCCUCGGUGGAGAUGCUUCACGAUGCUGUCACUGUUCGAUUCGACCGCGUCUCUCCUCACGACUUCAUCUCCCGUCACCUGCCCUCCGUCCGACGCGUCCUGUCCAGCGUCAUGUCCACGUCCCGUCCAGACGCUCUGCACGUGCUCAGUGUGCAGCCGGUGGAGGCCACAGGACAGCUGGACCUGCUGGUGGCUGUGGAAAGUGCUGAAGGCGGAGGCUUUUAUAAGGCAGCUUUAGUGACCCAGAAGCUGAGCUCGGCCCGUCGGCAGCUGGAUCAGGUGCUGAGAGUGUCUGCGGUCCUGGAUAAAAACUGCUCAGGUCUGGACUGCAGAGAGGCGCAGUGUGAACAAACCAUCACGUUGGACUCACACAGUCUGCUCACUUACAGCUCCACCAAAACCAGCUUUGUGUCGCCCAAGUUUCACAGGAACACCAGAUGCGUCUGCAGCGACGGAAGCUGUUCUGCUGCGUCAGAGGUGUGUGCGGAUAUGAGGUGUCCUGGUGAUAUGCAGUGUGUGGGCACAGACAGCAGCAGAGGGCCAUAUGCAUGCCAGUGUCCACCAGGCAAACUGGGAGAGUGUGCAGGACACACCUCUCUGAGCUUCUCUGGGAACAGUUAUAUCAAGUACAGAGUGACGGAUGGAGAGAGAAGUGGAGAGAUGAAGUUAGCGCUGCGCAUCAGAACACUGCAGAGUAAAGGAAUCAUCAUGUACACACGAGCGGACCCCUGCAGUGUGCUGAAGAUUGAAGAGGGAAAGCUGUGGUUCCAAUUGGAUUGUGGGAACAGUCCCAGGAGCAUCGGGAUCUCUGGCCGGUUAGUAAAUGACGGGAACUGGCACCAUGUGGUCCUGGAGCUGCGAGGAAACUACAGCAGCCUCUCUUUAGACGAUAUGUAUGUGGAGCGGCGACUGACCACAGCCAAAUUCCGGCCUUUAGAAGCAGAUCUGUCCAUUUAUUUCGGAGCACAGGUGUUGCCUCCAGAUGCCCGGAGCUUGACGGAGAUGAAGGGUCCGAGAGUCACCAAUGGAUUCCAGGGAUGUCUAGACUCAGUGGUGCUCAAUGAUAACGAACUGCCGCUGCAGAACAAACGCAGUCCCUAUGCGGAAGUGGUGGGAUUGACAGAUCUCAAACUGGGAUGUGUUCUGUAUCCUGACGCAUGUGUCGCUCAGCCCUGCCUCAACGGCGCCACCUGCAUCAGCCUGCCAUCUGGAGGUUUCUCCUGCAGUUGCAGCGCUCUGCACACCGGAGGGCGCUGCGAGACCGAGAUCAGCGUUUGUAUGCCGAACCCGUGCCAAAACGGCGGAGUCUGUAAACCCAUAGGAAACGCCUUCAUCUGCAGCUGCAAGAGAGGAUACACCGGUGCAACGUGUGAGGAGGACGUGAACGAGUGUGAGCGUGAGCUGUGUGAGAACGGCGGCAUCUGCAUCAACACUUUCGGCUCUUUCUAUUGCAACUGCACUCCUGGUUUCGUGGGCAGCGCUUGUUCCGUCCGUCCGGUGCUCGUCCCUGAUAUGCAGGCCGGACAUGCUUACGUUGGAAAAGAGGAGCUUAUCGGCAUUGCAGUUGUGCUCUUCCUCAUCCUCACGCUCAUCCUCCUCUUCAUCGCCUUCAGGAAGAAAGUAUUCCAGAAGAGUUACUCCAGGAAUAACCUUUCCUUAGUUCAGGAUCCUGCGACUGCGGCAUUGCUGCACAAAGCCAACGGUGGCCACUACCCUCCGCUACGCUGCGCAAUUGGAGAACCAAUCAGCUUAUAUACUGAAGGAGGUAUAACCGGGCCGCCUCAGGUUCCGGUCCGGCCCAUGGCGUACACUCCGUGUUUUCCAGGAGAUGCUCGGGGAACGCUUGAGAAGCGGGACGGACGAGGCUCGGAGCUCACAGAAAUGAGCACAUUUCAUCCUUCAGAGUCGCCGAGGAUUCUGGGCGGGACCAACCGCAGGGGUGUGGUCGUGUGCAGCGUGGCGCCCAAUUUACCACCGGUUUCACCGUGCCGGUCGGACUGUGAUUCGCUGCGGAAGAGUCCUUGGGAGGAGGACGGUAAAGUUGAUUUGCUGGAAGAGGUCACAUGUUUCUCUGGCAGUAACAAGGGCAGCAAUUCAGAGGUCCAGUCGCUGAGCUCCUUUCAGUCGGACUCGUGUGACGAUAACGCUUCCAUAGUGACGGUAAUUCGGCUGGUCAAUGAUGCAGUCGACACGAUUGAGAAUGAAGUGUCCGUUAUGGAUCAAGGUCAAAACUUCAACAGAGCGUACCAUUGGGACACUUCUGAUUGGCUGCCCAGCACACGCCUACCUGACAUCGAGGAAGUUCCCACUUAUGAAACACCUGAAGUUGGCGUGGCCUUAGAGUCAGACUAUUACCUGGGCGGAUUUGACAUUGACAGUGACUACCCGCCUCCUCAGGAGGAGGAGUUCAUGUCCCAGGACCAGCUGCCCCCUCCCCUUCCCACUGAGGAAUUCGAUACCUCGCCUGCCAAUCAACCCGUCUCCAGGGAGAGCACUUUGAGUGGCGACCGGAAGCCCCGCCCACAUUUUCACCCCAGCCAAUACUUGCCCCCACAUCAGCUGCCGCUCGGCUCCACAGGGGAGGAGUUUAGCACUUUCACUGGCAGGGAGGAGCGUUUGUCCGUCAACGCUUCCUCCGCCUCCUCCGUUUCUUCCGCCCCCUGCGGGUUCGAAGACUCUGAGACUGGAGGAAGUCUGGACAGUUUUGAAGACAUGCAUCCGCAUACGCAGCAGACUGAGGUCUGAUUUGUCAACAGGACGUGUUUUCUGACGUAAAAGACACAAACUCUUGCAUCUGUCUGAGCUUGUAUGAAUAAAGCAGGACGGAUGCGCGGACUGUCAGCGCUGCCCGAUGCAUGAGCAGCCCAAAUAUAAAAGCACAGGAAGUGGCCGGAAGUGAUGUCAUGAACGGGGGACCAUACGAUUAAAGCAACAAGAAGCGGAGACCAAUGAUCUGUAGACGUGUUUUCCGAAUAUGCCUGGUGCAUUUCAUCGUUCCUUCCAGAUCCGGAUGUGUUUGGUGCUGCCCUUUUUGUGUGUUCGAAAUCGGGAUGCGCUCUAAAACCUAGUGAGCUGCCUAUUUAGACGGUAUCAUGCUGCCUUCUAAGAUACCUCGUUUUGUUUAGUUUUUGAUUAUUUUAUUUCUAAUUUAACAAUGUAAAGUCCACUUUUAUUUUUAAUUUUCACAUUUUAUUUAUUUUAAAUAAUUUUUUUUAAAUUUCCGAUUUGGACAUUUUAGCAGUUAACUUGUUUCGCCGAAAUCUGUACCAAAAAAAGGGUAUAAUUAAAAAAAAAGUAUCCCUUAUAGCGGAUAUGUUGAGCAUGCUGACUAUAAAUAUUUAGGUCAGGUUUUUAAAAAUGGGUGAAUAUUAUUUUAAUUACUGUAAAACAUGGGUCUUAAACACGAUUCCUGGAGGGCCGCAGCUCUGCACAGUUUUGCUCCAACCCUAAUUAAACACAUCUGAUCAAGUUAAUCAAGGUGUUCAAGACUCUUUUAAACAAAUCCAUUAUUUGCAGGGUUGGAGCAACACUGUGGAGAGCUGCGGCCCUCCAGGAAUCUUGUUUGAGACCCAUGCUAUAGAGGGCGCCUUUGAGCGUCACCUAAAACCGUCAUUAUGGCGAGCAGGUAAACUUAUCUCGCUAACUAAUCUGCUUUUUCAGACUCAUUGUGUUUAUAAUUGUUUUAUUUGCACCUUCAACAAACUUACAAACAUUAAACUAGAAGUUUGCAAGCUAAAACGUAUGUUUAGCUUUCUACUUCUCAUUGUAGUUAGUCUUCAAAAUUCAUACAUGAGUUUAUUUAUGAAAACUAUUACCAUCACUAAUCAUGCAAGCAUCUUAAAUGUUAGGUAAUAUCUCAUUUUCAGCAAUAGCCUAAACUAAACAAGCCUAUAUUAUUUCAUUUUAAUUAGGGGAACAAGGAUGAUGCCAAGCUUCUCUAUGUCCUACAAAAACACAUCAUCUCUUUAGCGCUCUGUUUGAUGCAUGCAUCAUUUUAUUUUUGGUCUUCAUCAAACUCUAACUGGGAUCAAGUGUGACUCAAGUCUGCUCAAGCUAGCUUAAAAACCCUGUUUCAUUCUCUAUUUAGAUGUUUGUAAUACAUGAGAAUAUAUCAGAGCCCUAUUAUCAAAUUCCCUUGAAGGCAAGUCAUUCACUCGGUGGCCAUCUUUGAAUCUCUUUGAAUGGGGAAAGGUCAGUUUAUCUAGAACUGUUUGCCAAGCUUACGAUUAAAUAUCACAUUUGGAGUCACCAAUGAAAUUGAACAACAACAACUGUCUCUUAAAUUGCAUUUCUAAACAUUUGAAUCAUUCUAAAAAUAUUUAGACAAAAUACUUGAAGGGAAUGAAUUCACGACAUCAACCUUGUGACUAUUUCUGAAGGACACAACCAGACGCCAUCCUGUCAAACUAUGUAACUACCAUAAGAAUCGAUAACUUAAAUGUUACACAUUAUCAUCCUCUGAAUAAUUCCACGUCCGUUAAUUUUUCAACUUAAUCCUGAAGCCAAAUGUCCUCCCGAAAAGGUCAGCGACCUCUGUGUUUACAAGUGUACACAGAAAUUUAUUUCAAAAUAAUGAAAUAAUGAAUGACUUAAUAAUGAAAUAUUGAAAGACUGUACCUCCCAUUCAUUUCACAUGGAUUACAAAACCAGAGAACAUUAAAGUUCAAGUAUGUUUGGUUAAUUUAAAAGACAUUUUAAAUAGACAUUUUAAGCUGCAUGUUAAUGUAUUUCUCAUAUCUGUGAGGACAGUAUUCGUUAAGAUUCCUGCACAUUUGCAGGCCCCAGAUGAUUCAUAACAAUGAAGCUGCAAAAACCGUCUUAAAAACACACCCUGAGUCAGUGAUGAUGCAGAUUAAUCUAAUAAUCAACGUACAGUGAUUAAAUUUAUAACCCUUUUGGCGCGUAGAUUGAUUCUACUAAACUGGAAACGAAAAGAUCCUCCUUGUUGCUCCACACAAAUAAAGGAUGUCAUGUCCUGUCUGCAUCUUGAGAAGCUAAGGCUUUCCCUAAAAAAUAAAACAAAGAAUUUCCAUGUAAUAUGGAAUCCAUUUAUUGAAUACUUUAACAAGAGAGCAAUGAUUGAACCCUAGUAAAUGCACUUCAAAUACCCCCCCUUAUUUAGUUCUUUUAUUCAUUUAUUUUUUUUCCUUUCUCUUCUUUUUUCUGUUUUCUUUGCCCCUUCACCCCCCCCCCCCAUUUCUCUGUUUUUUUUUUUUUUUGUUCUGUUAAAUAAUAGUAACGUGAUGUUACAAUUUUGUGUUUAAGAAGAAAAAAGUACACAUAUGUAAAAGUUAUCAUUUGUACUGAUGUAAAAAUACAAUAAAGAGAAUGU